AUUUAAUCGGUACGUUUGUUGUAAUCACCGUCAUGGGGAAUUUUUAUUUCAAAGAUGAAUAAAAUUGAUAAAUACUCCAGAUGGUGUCCCAAAGUGCACUGAAACACUCGUAGCAAUGGUGAACCUUACGAUGACCGACUCCCCGCCAUUUGACUUACAGGCUUAUCAGCCCCCUAUAUCGCUAUGGCAACUGGUGCAACAGUACACACCACAGCACGAACGGGAAGAGAUCAAGAACAUGAUGGGGGAAUCCCUGAUUGAUCAGAGUAUUGAACUGCAUGAAGAGAUAGACACAUUGUUGGAGAUAUGGAGGGACUAUAGGGCCGAGACCACCAAUGUGAAGCCCGUGUCCAAGCUGGCAGAGCCCCGGGGCAUGAGGGACCGACUCAUACAGGAGAUACAGUUCUUUGUGGGAAGUGUCAAGGAGAAAGCCAAGAGUGAGGGAGUAAAUGCUGAUAAGCUUCUAUCUCGACAUAACACUGAAGUUCUUGAUUAUGCUUUGGACACAUACAGGCCAGAGAGUGUGCGCCCCUCCUCCAGACAGGCAGCUCUUGGACUCGAUGGUCGAGAGACACCAAUGAUCUGUAGCCCAACGUGCAGUGAUAGGACGUCAGAAGCAUCUAUACUGAGUGAGGAGGUGGAGGCAAUGAAUGAGAAGUUAAACAUCCUCAAGUUGGAUGAAGUGCUAAAUCAUUUGAGGAGUACCCUUGAAGAGGAGGUGGAGACCUUGCUAAAGGACAUCCGCUUCUUGCAGAACUGCCUGGACGAUGAGGCCACUUUCAGGGCCGAGUCAGUGGGUACAAUAACACGGGAACCAACACUUAGUGGUAAGGUGUAUACAGCUCGUAGCCUCACAUUAUGUUCCUCUAUGGUAUUUCCAUGGACUAGAAUAUCGUCAACAACGAUCUCUACACCGUCCAUUGCUCCAAAAUGCUUCUCCAUUUUUCUCUGGAACACUUCACUGGAACAUCGUGCACCCAUUGGCAUUCUAAGGUAUCGGUAUCGACCGUAUGAUCUGCGAGAUGAGCGUUCACAGCUAGAGAGAGAGCUGUUGUCCAGCAUGAAGUCUCAGAUGUCUCCUGAACUGAAGAAACCUGCAUUUAGCUCUCCCAAUGUCAAAGGAAAUCUGGCUGUAAGUAGAAAAUCCAGUGGCCAAUUAAAGCCGCAAGCACCAAGCACAGGGAAAUUAGCCCCAGUGAAAGCUGGACCAAUGAAGGCAUUUAACUCCCUUGAAUCUCAAGCCAGGGUUGCUUCCCCUCCUAAUGGACCAAUAAAACAGCAGAAUUCUGGCAUGGGCAGUGAUUCACUGACAAGGACUCCAGAAUCAUUCAAAGACAUUCCAAUUAGAACCCAUGCAGCUGCAACACCUAAAAUGCCUCCAAGCCUAAAAUCUGAAACAACCCAUAACUCUGAACAUUCCCACGCAGUGAACAAUAAUAAACAUGUGGAAAACAAUACAGGUUACCGUGAGCAUGGUGCACAGCAUGUGUCUAGUAGGCCAGGUUCAGAUUCUUCUAGCAGACGUCACGGAGAUUUCAUGCGUAGCGAUGGUAGACAUGGAUUAAAAUCAAUGACUCAGCCAACCCUUGAAGCUGUUGUGACCUUGAAGAAAGGUCAUGGUGGGGAUGGUACAGAUAUUCACAUGAUUCCGUCCCCACCCCCUUCCUCUAAGCCUGAUACCCCACCCAGACCUAGCUCAGCACAGCGCUUCAGACUUGUGGAAGGUGGCUCAGUAGAUACAAUCAUGACGACUACAGCAGAACAAGAACUCAAUGACGAUCCCGCCAAACCACUGAUAAUCGUCGAGCAGACGGUUCCAGCAGCAGACGAACCACUUCCGCUCUGGCGGAAACUGUGCUUCGCCGUAGGGGGCGCACCAUAUCAGACGACAAACACAGUGAUCAACUUCUUCAUUUCAAUUUUUCUACUUGAGGUGGCAGAGUUAGAACCCUACUACGUUUCGAUUAUCCUGUUCACGGGCAAGGCCUGGGAUGCCGUCACCGACCCCACGUGCGGGUUCCUCGUGCACAGAACAGACACGCGCUUCGGCAAGUUCCGACCAUGGAUAUUGUUUUCUGCUCCAUUCUCGUGUGGCGCCUAUUUCUGUCUUUGGUACGUCCCGAAUUUCUCCGUGGAGGGAAAGUUCGCCUGGUACUUCUGCUUCUACUGCAGCUUUCAGAUGUUCCUGUCGGGUCUCCACGUUCCGUACACAUCUAUGACGAUGACAGUGACGUCAUCACAAAAAGACAGGGAUUCAGUGACAGCAUAUCGCAUGGUGUUGGAGGCGGUGGGAGUGCUGGUAGCCGUACUGGUGCAGGGACAGCUGGUCGCCAAGUACCGGAAAACCGGGGACUGCGGAGAGGCAGGGGAAAUCACUGAACAGAUGCUAAAAGAUGAGAAGUGGUCGUACGUGCUGGGCGCCAUUAUCGUGGUGUCCGCCUACCUGCUGUGCGCAUGUACCGUGUUCUUUGGCUCCAAAGAGAAGCCAGGUUUCACGACUGCUGAGACGAGCGGUUUCUUCUCUGGAGCUCGUCAAGUCAUCACAUUCAAACCGUACAUGCUUCUGUGUGCGAGCUUCAUGUUUCAGUCACUGGCCAUUGCCAUUGUGCAAGGUAACCUGGCCCUGUACUGCACGCACGCGGUGGACAUGUCUGACCAGUUCUCCACCAUCAUCCUCGUACUUCUGGUCACUGCAAUUUUAGCCAUGCCUUUGUGGCAAAUAUGCGUCGGAAAAUUUGGAAAGAAGUCAACGUUUGCCGCUGGAAUGAUUUUGUUAAUACCAGCGCUGAUCAGUUUGAUGUAUAUACCAAAGGGAGACAAGUACGUUAUGUACCCAGUAGUUGUGAUAGCGGGCGUGGCAGUGUCAGUGGCGUUGCUGCUACCAUGGUCGAUGUUACCUGACGUGAUUGACGAGUUCUAUCUGCAGCACGGGACCAGGAAGGAGUCCAUCUUCUACUCCUUCUACGUCUUCUUCAACAAACUCUCCAUGGGCGUAGGACUGGGAAUCUCACAGGCCGUCCUCGGCAUUGGCGGCUAUAAAACCGGCGAAUGCGUGCAGCCGAGCUCAGUUGGGCUGGCCCUUAAGAUGCUCAUGGUCCCGGGCCCCGUCGUGAUGACCUUGGUCGCCCUCGUUGCCCUCUGGUUUUACCCCAUCGACGAGAGUCGGCGUCGGCACAUCAAGGACGAGAUUAAACGACGGAUCGAGUCUAGAUCCAGCACGUUAAUCAAGCCACAGUCCAAUACACACCAGGAAUAUGCCAGUGUUAGUUACCGGAGCAUUACAGAGAGUUCAGGAGUAUAAAAUACCCAAUCAUCCAAGUUCCGGCGUAAAGAACACUUAUCAACCAUAUUGGCAAAUACUUUGAUACUAGUAUUGAAAAAAUAAUAAUUACUGUGCAAAUAUUCGAUAAUUUACAUACUAAAAAUGUGACAUUUAGACACUUGUGUACAGAUUUU